AUGACGGGUAUCGGGCUGAUUGCUACCCUGCUUGGGUUGCUCCUUGUGACACGUAGCGUGCACGCCGCAUUCGUUCCGAAAGCGUUAGCAAGGAGGGGUCUGGAUCAUCCCAGUGUCUACGCUCGUCUUUACGAGUUCACUGAAAUGGUGUCAGCCGCCAGCGAACUGCCAAUGAACGAAAGGAAUGCUGGGCAAGUUGAUUGGGACACGGUGUCUGCCGAGUUCGAGAGCGUCGAGGAGGAGCGUAGGAAGAAGGGCGACGGCGAGGAGAAGCACUCAUCAAGCGACUGGGAACAGGUGGGCACUGGGCCAAGAGGAUGA